CCCGUGAGAGGUAGGGCAACUCAGCGGAGGCAAUCAGUUCAAAAAAAAAAAAAAACUCAGCGGAGGCAAUGGACCAGCAGCCGCCGCCGCCGCCGCCGCCGCGACCAUCGGAGGCAAUGGAGGCGGAGGCCCCAUGGAGAGUCCUCGAGUUCUACAGCGGCAUCGGCGGCAUGCGGUACUCCCUGGCGUCGUCGGGCGUUCGAGCGGAGGUGGUGGAGGCCUUCGACAUCAACGACGUCGCCAACGACGUCUACGAGCGCAACUUUGGCCACCGCCCCUGCCAGGGAAACAUUCAAACACUCACUGCUAGCGACCUAGACAAGUACAAGGCACACGCAUGGCUUCUUUCUCCUCCAUGUCAACCAUACACACGGCAAGGACUUCAGAAGCAUUCAGCUGAUGCUCGGGCAUUUUCAUUCAUAAAGAUUCUUAACCUUAUGCAGAACAUGAACUUUCCUCCACAAAUGUUGUUUGUGGAAAAUGUUGUUGGAUUCGAGGUCUCUGAUACACAUGACCAGUUGAUAGAGGUCCUUUCAAGUCUCAAUUUCAACACACAAGAAUUUAUCCUAAGCCCCCUGCAGUUUGGUGUCCCAUAUUCUAGACCGCGCUACUUCUGUUUGGCGAAACAUGAUUCUAUGCGUUUUCAGAAUCCAUCAGUCAACAACAAGCUGCUCCGGACACCUACUUGCCUAACAUUGAACAGUACUGCAACUCAGAAUAGCUAUGAACAGAAUGAAGAUGUGCUGGAAGUAGUAUGUAAGCCAAUAAGGGACUUCCUUGAAAUACACAUUAUGGAUACUGUCGACCAGGAUUGUUCAGCCGCCACCUCUGACUUUAAGAAGGCUGGUGGAUGCAUUCCAAGUGAAACUGGUUCACAUGAUUAUACAGUUCCACUAAGCUUGAUUGAACGGUGGGGAAAUGCUAUGGAUAUUGUGUACCCUGAAUCAAAGCGGUGCUGCUGUUUUACUAAGAGUUAUUAUCGCUAUGUAAAGGGCACAGGCUCUCUACUGGUUACAUCCAAAGACCAAAAACCAGUUCCAAAAGAGAACCUUGAACUUUCUUCACUGAAUGAGUUGGGUCUACGUUUUUUCAGCCCUCGGGAGGUAGCUAAUUUGCAUUCUUUUCCUUCGAGUUUCUGUUUUCCGGAUCACAUAAGCCUCAGACAACAGUAUGCUAUGUUGGGUAAUAGUCUGAGCGUAGCGGUUGUAGCUCCUUUGCUGCGCUAUCUAUUUGCCGAGAGAUAGAGAAGUCCAUUCAGUUGGCGGUUGAUAUUCACCUUGGCCUGCCUUCUGAUACUGGUCAAACUCUUGCUACACCUGAGUUGUGAGUACAAUAUCCGUGGAAUGUUGUUCUGCCUAGUACUGCUGGUCACCAAUCUGCAAAGCCGACUGCUUCGUUUGGAGUUGUGACAGUGCUUGUUGGAAGUAUUUUCACGCCAGGAUACAAUUUCAUAGGGUUUGAAGACUCUACAUUCUAUUCGCUGAUGAUGUGGCGAGUGGCAUAGCGAAGAGGAGGAUGUGUCCAAUGCACCAACGAAGCUCUGCUGUGGAUCUAUUGUAACCUUCGACCUGGAAGUCUGCUCCUGCCUUCACCCCACAGCCAUAUCUUUGCAACGUUGCAGUGUUUUGAAGUGUAAUGUGAUAUUUUCUUUGAGGGGGAUACUGCUAUGUCAUUGCGAGAUUGGGUGCAAUUAUGCAAAGCCCAGUAAUGUACUUGAACGACGUCAUAUAUAUGAGCAUGAGCCUCAGAUUGCAACUGACGAAAGUUUUCCUUACUGUGAACAAUGUAGCUGGCCGGGCAGAUAAUAUCACAUGAGUUUCAUUUAUUCCA